AUGGAAAUCGAAUCGAACGAGUUUGAAAUAAAAGCAGGAGAUUUCGCUAUAGUUCAAAGACAGGGCUACACAAAGUUACACAAAUUGAAACCCCACGGAAACAUGCUAAUUGGAAAAUUCAAUGUAGAAAUGGACAAUGUUAUUGGGCAGAGGUAUUUCGAUACUUUCCAAAUGAAAAACUCUCCAGAAAAUAAAAAAAUGUUCAUUUUGGAGAAAGUUGAGGAUAGUACUAAUGCAACUGAUGCUUUGAACAUAGAAAAAAGUGGCACUGACAAUAGGAAUAUCACGUCACAGGGAGAUACACAAUCCCUGACCAAAGAAGACAUAGACAAACUGCAAGACUCGGAAUUAAACUCAAAUGCCAUUAUAUAUGAACUGGUAAACAAUUCAAAAACGUUUAACAUGAAAACUGGCUACUCACAGGAAAAGUACAUAAGGAAAAAAGAAAAGAAAUAUUUUGAAUACCUACAAUUACGCAAACCCACUAUAAGACUCUUGACAAACAUGUUUUACAGACAAGACCCAGUAAAAACCUUGGGUAUAAGAAUAGACGAUCUAUCACAAAUUCUUACAUAUGCAAAUAUACACUCAGAAGGCAAUCAUUUACUCUACGAUAGUGGCACGUCAGGCCUUAUGAUGGCAGCUAUAAUGAACGCCAUCGGUGCUAGAACUAGUGGAACCUUAAUUCACAUGCAUCCGGGCAAUCAGUGCCAGAAAAAUGCUUUUGUCGCUAUGCAGUUUCCUGAAGAACAGAAAGUAAGAUGCCUGAAUGUAAAUUUGUAUUCAGUGAUACGAUGUUUUUAUCAAGAUACUGCAAAAGAAGAAAAUUACGAGCCUACAAGGAAAAGACAAAAAACAGAAGAUCCCAGUUCAGCUUCCACUACAAAAGUAGAAGAAGAAGCACCAAAACAACCCCAGUGGCAACUGGAGAACGAAAAAGCCUGUAGAAUCUUGAAAACCAAAUGUGACUCCCUUGUAGUAACCUCCAAAGAACACCCUGUGAAUCUAGUGAAAGAACUUUUGCCAUUUUUGAAUGGCGGUCGUCAAUUGGUAGUGUUUAGUUUAACUCGUGAGCCUUUGCAAGACUUAUUUUUGUAUUUGAAAAGUAGAUUGGACAUAGUGGCUAUUAAAUUAAGUAAUAAUUUUAUGAGGUAUUAUCAAGUUUUACCUGAAAGGACUCAUCCAGAAGUUAAUAUGAAUAGUGGAGGGUUUAUAUUGUCUGCUGUUAAACUAAAUUGUUAA